AUGACAAUAGGUAAUAUAAGCAAUGCUGAUGGCGGUCUCUUCUCCGCCUACUCUCGCUGCGCUCCUAACAAACCGCUAUUUGGCUCCGCACUUUCAUCUUCCGGGUUUCCAUCAUUAAAUCGCACCUGCCCUAAUAUGGCCGUACACAUCACUUCCGCAUCCUCAAUUAAUGCCGAUGCCUAUACCAAAGGCGAAGCUAACGCAAAUUUUUCUACUCGCCCAUCGUUCUUUGAUUCAGUCCCUUCUAUGACCAAUACUAACGGAGGUAUGUCGCGAGACCUCGGUUCUUCUAAUAAUGACGGCUGUUUUGAAUCAGUUUCAAAGCCCCUCACUGUAUGUUCAAUUGAGCAGACAAAUUCUAAGGUUCUCGGUGCCGGCAAAUUCACUGGCCUUUCUUAUCUAAUGGCUAAAGAACCUAACGGAAUCGACUUUUCCUCUCUGGCAGCUUCAGCUGCUUCUAGACCUUUCUGGGAAAAGAAAACUGUAGCAGAGGAUGUCAGGGAAGGUGUCGAGACCAGCGCCACUACUUCUGAGGUCAUAUGGGCAGGUGCAGGAACUCAGCUAUUCUCGUCUCCUUCCAAACACAUGGGAACCGCAUCUGGGGCGACGGAUGCUGAAGAUGUAAACCAUGAUCCUCACUAUGAUCCUCACUAUGAGCCUAUAAUUGAGCUGCCGAAACUUGUUCAGGUGAGCUUUAAAUUUUAUGCUAGCAUUGCAUUUUUGUUUGAUCUUAGUUUUAAUUCAUACUUAAAUCUAGAUUUUGUCUAUAUUGUGUUUUUUUUCCAUUUUAAGUAA